UUUUCGAACAUUUUUCGAGUCCCUAAGAUAAAUAUGAGAAAUUAUUGUGAAUAAAGAAUGACUUAUGUAAUUAGGUACAUUACAGAACUCACGGUGAUCUGAAACUGGAAUACUGAUAAUUGGACAGUCAUUACCCCAGACUUCGUAAUUAUUUAAACUGUUGCGUUCCAGCGUGGCGUAUUUGGCUUAGAUUUCUGCAUAGAAAUACAUAUCUGUCGAUAUUUUUACCUAUACAAAUACUGCAGUUCAUCAUGCCGAAGUGCAUUAAGAUGGAUCGUUUCCGAUAUAUAACCAGUGAAGCUUGGCGUGCUUUAAUAGCAGUAAGAACUGGGGAGUUCACAAACCUUUCUUGCUUUCAGAUCGAGAUGGGACUAAAAAAUCACGAAGUCGUGCCUCCAGAGUUAGCACUUAAAAUUUCUCACCUUAGACGAAGUUGUAUCGGCUUCAGCCAUCUAGUUCAAGAACAGUUAAUACUAAAUAGGUUGGUAGCCUACGAAACUGAUAACAAACAUUCGAUGAAAGGAUAUCGUCUUACCAACCUGGGUUACGACUACCUUGCUCUUAAUCAAUUUUUCAAAUCAGAGCAAUUGGAAAGUCUAGGAACAAUGAUUGGAGCUGGAAAAGAGUCUGAUGUCUACAUUGCUGCUGCUGGUGCGCGAUGUGGGCGUCCGUCAGAUGGCUCAGAAGGCCAUUUGGUUGAUUUCCCAAACGAAGGAGAUUCAGUCGUUGUUAAAUUUCACAGACUUGGGAGAACGUCUUUCAGGAAAGUAAAAGAAAAACGAGAGUAUCAUCAACACAGAAGUAGUUGCUCUUGGUUGUAUUUGGAUCGUCUAGCAUCUAAACGCGAGUUCGUUAUGAUGCAGAGCCUUCGGAGUAAUGGUAUUCCUGUUCCUAUCCCUUACACCCACAACCGAAAUGCUGUCGUCAUGUCAUAUAUUGCUGAUAGCCUGCCACUUUACAGAAUACUUCCCAGUAUUUUGAAUUCUAAUGAGUCUGCUUUUGCACGGUCACUUUACUACCAAGCCAAAAACAUAUUGGAAAGAAUUGCUUCUCUUGGUCUUGUUCAUGGUGAUCUAAAUGAGUUUAAUCUGAUGGUUUCCGAUUUGGACCCUGAAGAAAAUACGGAGAUGAGUAAUCCCAAGCUGGUUCUUAUUGACUUCCCUCAAAUGAUCAGUCGUGACCACAAACUAGCUAACACCAUAUAUGAACGAGAUGCAGAAGGUGUUGUCAACUUUUUCAGCCGUUAUUUCGAUAUUCCACUCAACGAUCUACCAUCUUCCCUCGAUUCUAUAAAACGAGUUGAUUAUGUCGACGUGCAUUUAAAAGCUCCGGGUUACAUCUCCAAGAAUGCUGCCAACCGCCAUUCUAAACAUACAAUAGAAGAUUCACUCUUAGGUUCAGUUGCUCGACUUCAAUUAUCAUCACUGGAAAAUAGCGAAGAUGAAGAAAAUACCCGUGACUCUGAUUCGGAUAGCAUCGAUUCUACUACUGAUUCUCAAGAAAAUGAUCAGUCGCAGAUUGAAGUUAAUGAUAAAUCUAAUUUAGAGGAAAUAAACUACAAUGAGAAUAAUAAAAAGGAUAUUAACAGUGUACAAGAGACAAAAAUUACAACGAAACCUGCCUUAAUUACUGUUGAGGAAAUUCGUGAGCGUAAUCGUCGUGAAAGAAGACAUCAAAAACAAGUUGACUUCAAUCGUCAAAUCAAACGUCAUAAUCGCGCUGCUAUAAAACGUCAGGGUCGUCUUAAUAUGAAAGCUGAAGCGUUACUUUUUGGAUAGCUCAAGUUGUUUAUUUUUAUUUUGUUAAUUAUUCGAUCAACAAUAUUUUAACAGAUGUACCUAUAUUUUCUGUUACUAACAUAAACUAAUGUGGAUAUUUCAACCUCUUUCAGAAUCUUCCUUACAUAUUUUGUACACAAUAUUAAGAAGAUAAUUGUAUAGUUACGGUAUUUUUAAAAUCUGGUUUUCUCGUAAUUUCAGAACUUUUAUUGUUUUUGAUCUUGUUGUUCACUUUAUAAAUUGUAAAUAAGUGAUUUUCUGGUCAAUGUAUUACUGACUUUGCUUUUGCUUGACAACACUCAAAUUUACGUGUGAAAAUAGAAAUUAAGCUAAGUCAACAAAUAUUUCCUCCAAAUUAGAGCCUUAACAUAGCUCGACACUGAUUAUUACGUAGGUUUUAAAACAGUUGUUUUCUUUAUUUCCCUAGUAUUUCUUCACAAAUAAUUGAGGA